AUGAAUUCCGAUCAAGAUAGUGAUGAUUGCGAUUACGAAAUGACAGAGCAACGUCAAAAUGAACGUCGCAUUGAACAACAACUUGACGAGUUUCGUAACAAAUGGAAAAAAGAAAUUCAACAACGAACUGUCUACGGACACGUUAUCAACGAUAAACCAAAAGAACAGCAACAAGAUGAGACUAUCAACAAUGAAGAACAAGCAAAACAUUUCUUCGAACGAGCAGCUGAAUUAGAACGUGAAGCAAAGUUCUACGAAGCUAUAAAAUAUUAUCGAGCAGCGAUGCAGUUGGUUCCUGAUAUUGAAACUCGUAUGGCUCGUAAAGGGCAACAACAAUCAAGAACAACAAUGGAUUCCGAUUAUCAACUGGAAUCCGCUGAUGAAAGUCCUCGCACUGGCGAUAUAACUGAGGAUGCAGAGGAUCUUGUGGAUACUUUACAACGUAUGACCGUCGAUGAAAACGAACGUUCAACAAUAUGCACAAAAAAUUUUCCUCAACAAGCUACACAUAUAUCCUCCAUUCCAUCGGAAGUGCUGAUUUAUAUAUUUCGUUGGGUUGUCUCAUCCGAUUUGGACAUUCGUUCAUUAGAACAAUGCGCUUGUGUCUGUCGUGGUUUUUAUAUAUGCGCACGUGAUCCUCAACUAUGGAAAACAAUUUGUUUUAAAACAUGGGGUAUUCACAUCGCAAAUGCAUCGACAAAUAUCAAUUGGCGACACAUGUUUAUUAAUAGACCACAUGUGAUUUUUAACGGUGUGUAUAUCAGUCGUACAACGUAUGUCCGCGCAGGUGAACAAUCGUUAGAUCCAUUCUAUUCAUCAUGGCAUUUGGUAGAAUACUACCGAUAUAUACGAUUUUUCCCUGAUGGUAUUGUUUUGAUAUACACAAGUGCCGAUGAGCCACGUUCGACAGUGGGUCGCUUGAAAAGUCGAUACUCUAUUCGUGAUUCUUCGCUGUUGUAUGGAAACUAUCGGUUGCAAAGCAAUCGAGUAUUAAUAGUAGCAAAACGUACGGGACAGCCAAAUACUAUGGUCACUAAUAUACAACGACGUGGUGGAAGAAAUAUACCAGCACCGGAUAUCGACCAGACAAUGCAUAUGGAGUUUGAAAUGUGUAGUACUGGAAAGCGAAAACAUAAUCAAUUGACUUGGGUACACUAUGAAAUACGAUCGAUUGAUAAACGUACAGGUAUAGAAAGUUCAUCACUACUCGAUGUAGUCGAUGACCGACACAAUUUUCCACCUUUGGUAUUCUCACGUGUUAAAAGCUACACAGUAUCAUCAGAACAACCUCUUAAAUGA